UGAUACACGACACAUGGGCCGUCCAGAAGCCCAACAUUUAAAAGGAGAUUGAAAUCAGCGGAUAAUCGCUCUUCUCGGGAUCCUAAGUUCUUUCGCACUCACAAAGACGAGGGACAAGGCCACGAGCUGCACCGGAGCGCGAUUUGUGCGACCGACCCACCACACUACCGCCCGAAGCUGCCUUCUUCCGCCCAAUCCGAGGAUUUCUGCACCAGUUGAUCCUUAUGGCAUCAUUUAGAGCAUUCUUGAACAGUCCAGUUGGCCCUAAAACUACUCAUUUCUGGGGUCCUAUCGCGAACUGGGGAUUUGUUGCCGCGGGAUUAUUGGACACACAGAAGCCCCCUGAAAUGAUAUCUGGAAACAUGUCAUCAGCAAUGUGUAUAUAUUCUGCAUUGUUCAUGAGGUUUGCAUGGAUGGUUCAGCCUCGCAACUAUCUACUUUUGGCAUGCCACGCCUCAAAUGAGUGUGUCCAGCUGUAUCAACUGUCUCGUUGGGCAAAAGGUCAGGGGUACCUGCAGCAGAAGCAGGAGGAUAAAGCCCAGUGACUUAUGCUGCAUUUCUUCUUUUUUACUCCGUAUAUCAGACCCCUUUAUUCUCAUCACGUUUUUGCGGCCUUCUCAUUUCUACUACAUGUGUCCACAGUAACUAUUUGUAUUUCUUAACAUUCACUUUCAACACUGCAACAUGAAGAUCAUAAAGUGAGCUGUAUAUCAUGUUUACGUUUGGAGUAUUGGUUUCCAUAUUGUUGUGAGCUCUUUUUAAGCUCAAACUA